GCCCUAAAAAAAAAAGCCGGGUGGAAUAAACAGCGGAGGCCGCAUCAAGCACGGCGACCACCUGCCGCCGAAGACCGUCCUCCGUCCAUCCCCAACCCAACCCCAGCCGCUGGCACGCCGCACACACACAGCCCAGGUGUCCCGUGCCCGGUGCUCCUCCAAAGUCCAAUCCAAUCUGCCACCCCCACGCCGUACCCUACCCACCAUUAUGUGACGGGCGACCUUUCCAGAGCGACUCCACAGUUCGCUGUCACGAGGGAAGCCAACCAUACCAAUACCAAACAACUCGCCGUUUUACAGCUCGCGUUGCCAGCCGCUCAAGGCAAGCCAGCACCAUAAUCUCCCUGGGAUCCCGGCUCCGGCUAAAGCUGAUCAGAUUACCCAAUCAUCUUUCGCCAAGAUCUCGACAGGACUAGCCCAUGCGUGUACUAAUUGGAAUAGAUAAGUGGCACCAUGGGUGUGAGGAGCAGGCAUCCAAAGGCGUUAGCUUUCCGCUGCUAUCCGGCGAGCCAUCGGUCCCUAACUCUGGUACUGUGGUGCCUAGCAGCAUUGGUCAUCGUUGUGAAUUUCCAUCUUCUCAUCAUUCGUAAGGAGGACGAGGGUAUCGGUUCACAUGAGAUCCGUCGAUCGAUUAUGAGAGAACUGGAAGAGGUGGAGGAGGAAAAGUUCCGGUUAUCACCACCCCGGAGCCGGAGGAAUCCCCGGGCUGUGCGGCGCAAGGGCGAGAAGAAGCCGCCCACCAUAGUGGAUGAGUUCUUGGAUGAGUCUUCUGCGGUACAUGAUAUGCUCUUCCCAGAACAGAAGACGGCUGUAUAUCCAAUCAAUGGUGGGAAUGACAACUUGUCCUUCUACUACCCAGGGAGAGUUUGGCUUGAUACUGAUGGCAAACCAAUCCAAGCUCAUGGAGGAGGUGUACUGUAUGAUAAGAGAACCAAUACCUAUUUCUGGUAUGGGGAGAAUAAGGAUGGCAAAACCUACAAAGCUCACAACAAGGGAGCAGACCGGGUUGACAUUGUUGGAAUAAGUUGCUAUUCUUCGGAGGACCUGUGGGCAUGGAAAAAUGAAGGAGUUGUCCUCCGUGGUGAGGAAAAGAAUGUAACACAUGACCUCCACAAAUCCAAUGUCCUGGAGAGGCCCAAGGUGAUAUACAAUGAUCGGACUGGCAAAUAUGUGAUGUGGAUGCACAUAGAUGACGCUAAUUACACCAAAGCGUCAGUUGGUGUGGCCGUCAGUGACUCCCCGACAGGCCCAUUCACUUACCUCUACAGCAAGCGUCCACAUGACUGUGAAAGUAGAGACAUGACCAUCUUCAAGGAUGAUGAUGGGAAGGCCUACCUGAUAUAUUCUUCCGAGGACAACAGUGAGCUCCACAUUGGUCCAUUAACUGAUGACUACCUUGAUGUCACCAAUGUGAUGCGAAGGCUUCUCAUUGCACAGCAUCGAGAAGCUCCUGCGCUCUUCAAGUACGAAGGCACAUACUAUAUGGUAACCUCUGGUUGCACAGGCUGGGCGCCAAACACUGCACUGGCUCACGCAGCAACGUCAGUAAUGGGACCCUGGGAGACACUGGGGAAUCCCUGCGUGGGAGGGAAUGAAGUCUUCAGAUCAACAACAUUCUUCUCCCAGAGUACAUUCGUGUUGCCCAUUCCAGGGCUACCAGGCUCAUUCAUCUUCAUGGCUGACCGGUGGAACCCGUCUGACCUGAGAGAUUCGCGAUACGUCUGGCUACCUUUGACGAUUGGGGGAGUCCCUGACGAAGCUGCAGAUUAUAGCUUCAUGUUCCCUCUGUGGUCCCGGGUCUCCAUUUACUGGCACAAACGGUGGCGGCUCCUCGAGGGGUGGAAGGAUUCUUGAAAAAUUCUUAGGAAUAUGAAGUUCCUAUACGCUGUUACAUUGACAGAUACCAAAGUAUUGACUGUCUAGGUCAGAUGUAGAUGCUUGCAGAGUUGUAAAUGUGCAGUUUUCGAGUUUGCUCUGAAAUCAGAUAAAAAAUUGUGGCCUUUGUGGGCGAGGUGUGGUGUUGAUCCACUUGCCCUAGUUUCAGAAUAAUGUAGCUGCACCUUCAGUAUUAUUAAUCCUUUCCUUGUGGUCUGCUGUGAA